UCUAUACGGCUCGGUUGGGAAGCGUAUAGCUCUGACGGCUUGCAGUCCAUUGAAAAUCUUUUAGUUUAUAUUUAAUCGCAGUCGUGGCAAGAGUGAAUCUAGUCGCUCUCGGUGUGUUCGUUCACAGGCUGGUGUCUUGGCGGAAUUGGUUCUAUAGCAUGGUCACGCCGAAGAAAGUGUGUUGUCAUUCAAACUGAAAUUGUUGUACAAUUACAUAUUGACAACACUUAAUGGACUGGUGGUAAAUACUACGGUGAAAGAAAAAUAAUUGAAUCGGACGCGUCCCACUAAUACAGGAAACGUGCAAUCAGGUGGAUAAGCAAAACAGUCAGUGAACGAAACGUGCUAAAUUGUGUGAAGUGGCGCGUCCAUCCGACUACCAACCCAAGAGCAUCGGCGUGCGUGCUUGAAAUCGCAACUUAAGCUUUGUGGCUGUAAUUGGGUUUGGCAGAUUGAUUUUUCUUUAAUCCAUCCCUCUGCUCGCUGACGGUAUAUUAUGUCCAACUCGUAUGCGACAAACGGCUCCAAACCAACCGCACGAUGGAAGAGCUUCAUCAAGUCGAAUUUACUCACCUUCCUCACGGUGAUAGGUGUGUUCGGUGGCACCUUUCUAGGAUUAAUGCUCAAAAACACCUCCGAGCCAUGGACGGAACGAGAAGUGAUGUACAUCCAGUAUCCGGGAGAUCUAUUCUUACGGAUGCUGAAGUGCUUGAUCGUUCCCUUAUUGGUUUCGUCCAUCACCAGUGCAAUUGGCUCGCUGGAUCUCAGCAUGUCAAAGAAGAUAGCGUAUAGAGCGAUAAUUUACUACUUCCUUACCACCGUCAGCGCGGUAAUUCUAGGCAUAAUCCUCGUCUGCACAAUAAGGCCCGGGUCUGGGCGCAACGUGGGAAGCAUGGCGGGUAAGGCUGCCACUCGGCAAGUCCUUACUGCCGAUACGCUUCUAGAUUUAGUUCGCAAUUUGUUUCCACCGAACAUCAUCCAGGCUACCAUGUUCCAAUUUCGUACCGUUCUAACACCACCACCAAAUGGCACUGAUGUUCCUCUAACACUGUACAAAAUCAAUUCGGAGUUCACCGAAGGUACCAACGUACUUGGACUGGUCAUGUUCAGCAUCGUGCUCGGUGCAUGCAUCGGAAAGAUGCGAGAGGCUGGAAGACCCCUGCAGAGCGUGUUUGAAACGCUGAGUGAGGCCAUGAUGAUAAUCACCUCGUGGGUGAUCUGGAUUUCACCGCUCGGUGUGUUCUUCUUGGUUGCGGCCAAAAUCCUCGAAAUGGCAUCGUUCAUGGAGGUACUCGGCCAACUUGGCUGGUACUUCAUGACCGUGAUGAUAGGACUGAUGAUGCACGGCUUCGGUACGAUUGCGUUAAUCUUCUUCGUAGCCACACGGAAGCUGGCCUAUCCUUACAUUGCCAAAAUGAGUCAGGUGUUGGCCACUGCCUUUGGUACCGGAUCCAGUUCAGCUACGAUGCCGAUAACAAUUCGAUGCUUGGAUAACAUGGGCAUUGAUCCACGCGUGACCAGAUUCGUAAUUCCGGUUGGCGCCACGAUCAACAUGGAUGGUACUGCUCUUUACGAAGCCGUUGCUGCUCUGUUCAUUGCUCAGCUGAGGCAAAUCCCUCUAUCGUUCGGUCACAUCGUUGCCGUCAGUGUAACGGCGACGGCUGCUUCGAUUGGCGCUGCCGGUAUCCCACAGGCCGGUUUAAUUACCAUGGUAAUGGUUCUGGACACAGUUGGGCUGCCAGCUGAGGAUGUGACCAUCAUUAUCGCUGUAGAUUGGCUACUCGACCGAUUCCGAACUACCAUCAAUGUAAUGUGCGACGUGCUAGGAACGAUUCUAGUGAACCAGCUGUCGAAGAAUGACUUAUCAAAUGUCCCGAAUGAAAUUCGUACUGUACAAUAAAUACAAAAAGAUUAAUAUUGCACUCGUUCGUAGAGAUGAGCACGAUGCCGAGCCCCAUGAGCUAGUCGAACUUCGACAAGAAUGCAAUGAAAAGGAAUAAAUCCGAUACUAUACCGACCUGCUGCAGUAUCCUUCCUUUCCAAACCAGGUCCAAUGCCCCUGCGUGUAACUUAUAGAUGUUGGAUAAAUCCAAUCAAUCGAAGCAAAAAUUCUCAAAAAAGUGAACCAUCCCGUGGUAUAGAUAAUGUCUUUUAGAUGUAUCUACGUUGAAAAAAAAAUAACAAAAUGUACUCACGAUACAUCGUCAACUAUUUAGGUGUAGAUUAGAAAAGAGCGAACACAUAAUCAUGCUUCUACGGCCACGUGCUGCCAAAAAUCGCCAUUUGAAGGCCAUUUUCCCCCAAGGGGAUUGUAGUGAACGAAUUUACAAAAUCACACCAUCACUCCACCAUGAUCGUUAUGAAUGUCGUUGAUGUGAAGGAGGAGUUCAUUAGAGGUCGUUUGAAUAAAUUCUAGGUAGAAACCAUAUCGACAUCACUCUCAUUCACUACCAUGUUAAUAGUGUGGUUAUCAUCCCUCGAGUUUAGACUUAGGAAAUGUACCUUUCUUAAGGUAUAUGAGACUUCAAAGCACACUACCAUUAAUAUUUUGGGCUACAUUCGACAAAGGCUUUCGGAAUAAGAGAAGGAAAAAAAAUCAAACUGAAUAAAACCGAACUUUGCAUUAAGAAUUGAAAUGUUUUGGUGCAUACUUUAAGAUCAUGCAAAAAUAGACCGUACGAGCUUAAGUCUAACCUAUUGUUAAUGUUUAUUGUGAAUUUAAAAUACUUACAAAUAUAUUUUAAUAAUAAUUA